AUGGAGGCAAGAGGAGUUGAUGUGUUUUACGCAGUUGUAGCCACAUGGCUCUUUGUUUCGUCUUACGGUGCCGAAAACGAUCAAGAUGAAAGUCCAGUUGUGUCCACGGUGACCGGACAAGUCCGUGGAACAACCGCACACACAACCGACCUUCCCGACAAACCGAUCUACACUUUCCUGGGCAUCCCGUACGCAGCGCCCCCUGUUGGAGACCUCCGGUACCGCCCGCCCCAGCCUGCCCCCCCGUGGGAGGGGGUCAGGGAGGCCGUGGAGUAUGGUCCUUACUGUCCGCAAAAUGUCCUGCAUUUCAACAUGAUUGACUUUCCUAUUAAGCUUGGGGUGAACAUGACCAUGAGCGAGGACUGUCUGACACUCAACAUCUUUACUCCAACUGUAGCAAUGGAUGCCGCUUUACCGGUUCUUCUGUGGAUCCAUGGAGGUGCUCUGUCCGUCGGGAUGGGGUCUUUUCCCGGAUUUGAGUCUCUUGCUGCUCACCAAGACGUCGUGGUGGUCUCCUUCAACUACCGUCUCGGUGUGCUGGGUUUCCUCAGUACGGGGGACGAGAACAUGCCAGGAAACUACGGAUUCCUGGAUCAGGUCCGUGUCAUGGUCUGGGUGAAGGAGAACAUCCGAAACUUCGGCGGAGACCCAGAAAGAGUCACCAUAUUUGGAGAUUCUGCAGGCGGCGUAAGUGUGUCCUAUCAUCUUCUCUCACCCCUCAGUAAUGGUCUGUUCCACAGAGCCAUCUCACAGAGUGGCGUGGACAAAACGAUGCCGAUCAACCAGCAACCACUUCUGAUGACGAAGAUGUUGGCGGAAGCUGCCGGAUGCGAUACGGAGGACACCUCAUCCAUUGCCGCCUGUCUGAAAGAGGAACCAGUUGAGGAGCUUCUGGAAAAAGUGGCUCCCAUUCAGCAAAUGCUAGGUUUAAUGACCUUUCUACCAGUUGUGGAUGGAGUAUUUCUGAAGUCUGACGCCAUGGACCCAGAAACAGAAGUUAACAAAGCGGAGUAUCUUCUAGGAGUUAACAACCACGUGUUCGGGUGGAUAAUGCUACCCACAACACAAAGGGCUCCUCUUGUUGGGAUGUCCAAAGAGGACUUUAUCAAUUUUGUGAAGGUGGCAACUUUAAUACCUUACAAGGAUAAUCCAAACUUGAACAAGAUGGCGGACACCAUCGCCGCUGAAUAUCAGCAUCCGACAACGCCCGACGACCCAAUUGCGAUCCUGUGCCAACUGUCACAUGCGUUUGGGGACUACAUGUUCGUGGGCCCCACAAGUCUGGCGGCUGACAGGCAUACUGUCGCUGGAGGGCGUGUCUUCCUCUACGAGAACCGGUACCGACCUUCCAUCCACCCGAACAGACCCGACUGGGUGGGGUGUGACCACAUGGACGAUCUGUUCAUGGUUCUCGGACUACCGUUCGUGGACGUUCCUGAAACCCCCAUAAACUACUCUAAGACGGACGAGCACGUCAGUUUGAGCAUGAUGGCGUAUUGGGCAAACUUUGCACGAACUGGCGACCCGUCCGACUCCGCCGGCGGCCCCACUGACAGCCCCUCCCUGCCGACCUGGCCUCAGUACACACCUGACAACCCGGUCUACAUGAAGCUGGACGUGGUGCCGACCACUGGCGUUGGGCUCAAGUCAGAGAAAGUGAAAGUUUGGAACGAAAUAAUCCCAAAUUUAGCUGCUGAGAAGAAAGAUGAACUUUGAAAAAGAUAACCAACACUUUUAUAUUGUUUUUUAACGCAACUUACAGACAUCAAACAACUGUAUAACGUACACGCGUUAGAUCUUGUUACUACUCGCAAUUCCACACAUAUGAAAACUGCACUUCCAUAGGAUCUCGCAAUGCGGCGCUACCGCCUAUAUUCUAUUGCGUUUCUUUACUCAGGUGAAAAUGAGUAGAAAGCUGUUGUUGGUGACGUCUCUCGGAUAGGACGUUAAAUUGAGAGUCACCCUAUGAGUACAUUUAAAAACCCACCACACUUCUAAUUCUGGGAAAGAGUAGGGGGUCUUCCCGGUGUGAGUGGAUCAAAUGAAUUUGUCCGGAUAUGCAGCUUGUACUGUUCAUUUACAAACUUUUGUUAUGUACCCCAUUAGUCUGUUUACCGAAUACAAAAUACCAACAAACAAACAGACAAGCAAAACAAUAUGAAUUUCCUUACGAUCCUUUGCAGGCAACAAGCAUGUUAUGUGUUCAUAAAGAAAGCUUUCCUACUCUUCACUGAAGUAUUUCAUUGUGACAAGUUGAAAUCGGUUUCCCCUAAGAUUGAUUUCAAGCUUUGAAAUUCAUCAUAUCCAGCUUAGACAAGACAAAUGCAACGACAAGUCGGUAGGCACUGGAUAUAUCGAGAAGCUCAGUUCAACUACGCUAUACCUGUGACAGCCGACAUCAAUUUGAAUAUCGCGCACCGUAUUGCAACAGUGGGGAAACGAAUGGAGUUGUCAACGACGGAAUAGUUUCCAAUACGUCCGAGACGUCAAAAUGCGAGUCCUCGUGUAAAACACAUCGGUAGACUGAAAGGAGUAUCUUAUUCGUCGUGAUUAAUUCGAAUCCUGGGGGAGCAAAGACACGUUUUUUGGUGACGUA